AUGUCGACCCAAGUACCCUUGCGAACGAUACGGAUCCCCGCGUUCCAGCGGCAAUGCCUCUUCCAACGGCAACAAUGCGUCAACCGACCCUUUCCAUGCUCCGCAACACGGCCGUUCUCCUCGACCGCGGCUCGUCAUUAUAAGAAGAACACACCUAAGAUCCAGGACCAUGCGCAGACAAAAGCUGCGGCGGCUGCACAUACCGGCCCGUCGCCGAAAGUAAACUAUGAGAAGGCGCAGCAAGAUUCUAGUGCGAUGGCGGAGGACAUUGGACUGCUGCAAAAUACUAUUGUUCGGGCACCUUUCAAGCACCUGCCGAAGGUGACGAGUCGGCAGUUUUGGGGGUACUUUUGGACGCUUGUCAAGGCCAAGGGAACGGCGUUUUAUUCGAGAUCCUACUACCGGCGAUGCAUCCAGAAGCAAGGAUGGAGCCGAUGGCUACCCAUGGACAUCGGCAACAACGCGCAACUGAAAGACAAAGCGCAGAAGCUGUACGAGCAAAUCUAUGUAAACUUCGCCAAAGGCGACGUAUCUUCCCUCAAGCAAUUCUGCCUUCCCCCUAUUGUCAAGAAGUUCGAGAACCGCAUCGCCGCCCGCGCCCCGCUGGACAUGGACUGGAGACUCCUGAAAUGGCGCUCCGCACGCGUAGUCUCGCAUCGCGCAUCGCCACUCGGUGAAGACAACCCCGACACCGCCUACCGCCAAGCCGUGAUCCGCCUCGAAUCCGUUCAAUCCCUCUCCAUCGCCGAGCCAUAUCAGAGCUCGUCGAGCACGCUUUCCCGCCGCGGCAACAAAGGGCCCAGCGGUCUCGCGUGGGUGCCGGAAGAAGCAAAGGCGAAGAGCGUGCGCGCCGUGCAGCAGGACGAAGGUGGCUUCACGGCGAGAGAGUUUGUGGAUAAUGGAUUGCAGAAGACGGUUGUGGAGUACCUUGUGAUGCAGAAGAGGGUGAUUAGAGGGAGGGAGGAGGAGUGGAAGGUCUGGGGUUUUGCGGACGAGAGUACACCGCAGAGGCUGGAGGAGGAUGACUUGUAUUGGCGGAAGACGCUGAAUAUUCAGGCUGCUGGAGGGGCGUAA